UUCAAUAGAAAUAAGCCUGAAGAAGACGCACUUGAAGCAAUUUAAUUCAAUUGAAUUUUAUCACUACUAAAAAGCUUCCAAACCCUCUGAUUUUUGAAAGGGGCAAAUUCGAAAUGACCUAAAGUCGUGUUCUUUUGGAUUCUCCAAAACAGAGAAGUGCGUGCAUCUCAGGCCCAAUGCAGAAACUGGCGCGGACGAGCGUCUUCCGUUCACUGCGUCUUCUCAAAUCUCAUAAUCGGCUCAAUAUUGAGAAACCCAGCUUGGGCGAUGUUGUAUGCAAGGUGUUUGUUCAAAAGCCUGCUGUUUGGGACUUGGUUGGUAUUACAAGGUUUCCAUUGGAGGGCCAUCGAUGGGUUCAUUCAGCUUCUUGUGUUAACGCAGAGCACAAAGCUGCGGAGCCAUUGGGAAAUUCGAAAGAAGGCACAGUUGCUAAGGACACUGGUAGUGCUACAGUGAAGAGGAAAAAGCUCAAGGGGAAAAGAGCAGUCGUUAGGUGGCUCAAGUUCUUCAGGUGGAAGAAGAAGAAGGAUUUUAAGAGAAUGACUGCGGAGGAAAAAAUUCUCCACAAGUUGAGAAAGGCUCAAAGGAAAGAGGAAAGGCUUGUUGAAGCUAUUAAGAAGAUUGAGCCCUCGGAGACAUCAGAGACAAACCAUGAUCCAGAAAUAUUGACACCAGAGGAACACUUCUUCUUUUUGAAGAUGGGUCUCAAGUGCAAGAAUUAUGUGCCCGUUGGAAGACGGGGAAUAUACCAGGGUGUGAUUCUGAACAUGCACUUGCAUUGGAAGAAACAUCAAACUCUGCAAGUGGUGGUCAAGACAUUCUCACCUGAGGAGGUUAAGGAGAUAGCUUCUGAGCUGGCAAGAUUAACUGGAGGGAUUGUGCUCGGCAUUCAUGAAGAAUACACAAUAAUUAUGUACAGAGGGAAGAACUAUUCUCAGCCACCGACAGAGAUUAUGUCACCUAGGGUUACUCUCUCUAGGAAGAAGGCUUUGGAUAAAUCGAAGUAUAAGGAUGGCCUUCGGGCUGUAAGGAAAUAUAUUCCAAAACUUGAACAGGAUCUUGAUCUGCUUCGAGCACAGGCUAAAAGGAAACCUGAAAUUGAAACAGAUGCUAUUGAAGAAACCCAAGAAACUGACAUUGAUAGUGUAGACUCCAGGAGCUCCUCAAAUUUCAAGCUGGAGCCUUCAGAUAAGCUGAAAGAAAUAAUCGGUCGAAGCAGGGGAUGCUCUGAAGAUGACCUUGUAACGGAUUCAGAAAUGCCUUCGGACUCCGAAGAUUUAUCAGAUAUUUUUGAGACUGAUUCUGACAAGGAGACUGAGGAGAAGGCAGAGCGACCCUUGUAUUUGGAAGAGUUUGAAAAGUUUCCAGUUGAAAGUGAUGGAGAACCUGAAGAUUUUGAGGAUCACCUGCGUCAAAUAUCCAUGGACUCAAAGAAGGCUAAAUCAGUGAACGAAGAUGCUGACUUGCCAAAUUUUGACGAGGUUGAUAGGAUAUUUCUGCGCGCUGCUUCACUUUUAAAGAAAAAAAGAAGAUGAGACACGUGUAAAUUAUUUAUGAUCACCAUUCGAUUGUCAGAUACUUGUUAGUUUCUGGUUAAAUGUAAUAUUUGGUUGCUUUGGUGAAUUUCUUUUGUGCUAAAA